AUGAGCCCAACCCAUCGCUCGUCGCCUAAUGGUCCUCAGCCCAGACCCAAUCGUGCAUGUCAAUUCUGCCGCGCCAGGAAAAUCAGAUGCGACACGGUCAAGCCCAGCUGUGGCUCAUGUCAGGCCCAUGGCCGUCGCUGUAUCUAUGUCAUUGAACCGCCCAAGCAAAGACCUUCACGUGCUCUGAUUAACGAGGCCAACCGACAAAAGAGCGCGUUGGAGAAUGUUCUUUUGGCCCUCAAGGAUGCGGAUCCCAAAGAGCGCGACGGGAUUCUGAACUCGGUAGCCAUUAAGAACGGAUCUCUCGAUCUGGCCAAUGUUCAAAAUCCAGAGCGAUGGCAACCCGCCACCUCUGCAACCGUUGCAAGUGAUGAGCCUCUUGACUCAAGCUCAGACGAUGACGAUUAUGACCCAACACCCUUUUUGUCGCGGGACGAGUGUGGUGCCUUGGGUGCCUUUGGGCCAUCGUCCACAUUUCAUGUCGGCAGCCCCAUCAGUCAAACUGAAUCAUCAGACUCAAAGAACAAGUCGGAGAUUGAUCGACAUCGAUUGAUUGCAAACGCCGCGUUGCAACGCCAAAAAGAAUAUGAUUUGCUCCGUCAGCCUUCAAUAGCGGGUUUGCCGUCGGAUUUAGCAACGCACCUACUUGACCUUCAUUGGAAUCGUCAACAUCACACGUUUUUGCUGACAUACCGCCCAGCUUUCAUGAGAGACCUCGUCCAGGGGGGACCCUACUGUUCGGACUUCCUAGUAAACGCGGUAUUUGCAUGCUCAAGUAAGUUUUCAGAGCGAUUGGAGGUUCGAUCUGACCCAGCCCGUCCCGAGACGGCAGGGAAGCUUUUCUUUGAUCGAUGUGACCAGCUCCUGGCAGAGCGAUCACUUCUUACUCAUUCAAGCAUUCCUACUGUCGCCGGACUGCUCAUGCUAGGAAGCACCUUUAAUGCCCGCGGACAAAUAUCUAAAGGAUGGCUCUACACUGGAUAUGCCCUGCGCAUGGUCUACGAUCUUGGACUUCAUCUUGACUGUAAACAAGUUGCCGGUAGUGCUGAAGACGUUGAGAUUCGCCGCCGACUGUUUUGGGGAGCUUUCAUCUGCGACAAACUGCAGAGUUUAUACUUUGGCCGCCCUUUUACCCUUCAACUUCGGGACGCUCACGUUUCUCGUGACUUUAUGGAUACUUUUGAGGAGAAUGAAUUGUGGACGCCAUACAUUGACCCGAAAAUUCCAAAUGAUCUAGUAUAUCCUUCAUCCCCGACACGGAUCUAUUCCGUGUCCGUGUUCCAGCAUUUAUGCUCCCUGUCCAAAAUUAUGACCAUUAUCAUCGAUCGAUUUUACGUUGUUGGAGCGACCGGUGAGGUGGCAAGAAAACAUCUUGACAUGAUUGACCAACGUUUAACUACUUGGUAUCGCAAACUUCCCGCUAAUUUGCGCUUCGAGCCCUGGGCAGAGAACGAACAAGACAACCAGCCGGGAGCUGCACCAAACAACAUCAUUCUUCUGACUACAUUCAAUGCCCUGAUUAUCUUGCUGCAUCGACCUUUUAUCAUCACUGGACACCUCCAAUCGACUGAUAGCCCGGCUCAUUCAUGGGAACGAUGUAUUACUGCCGCCCGGAAUAUCACCAGCCUUGCAUUGGCCUAUCGAUCCGCCUAUUCCCUACGUAGGGCCAAUUAUAUGCUUAGUUAUGCUGUCUAUGUUGCCUGCACGAUUCAUGCACGAAACCCUUCAGUUAAAGAGAUAACUCGACGAAGAGACGCCACGUCUCCGUUGACGAUAUGCCUGCGCUGCCUGGAUGAACUAGCCAUACCCAACUGUGGCGUGUCAGCUCCAGCUAAGAUCAUCCGACGAUUGAUGGAGGCAAACAAUAUUCCCCCUGAGCCCGAACCUGACAUCAAUGUUCCCCACACCAUGGAUGUGAAUCUGGAUUUCCAGUCCUUUGCCACUUUCGAGCUACCCGAACUUGCAGAUGACGAGACUCACUACUCGAUUUUCCCAGAGUUUACACAGGACCUGGAUCUAUUGUUUGGGUUUAUGAAUGAACCUGUGGCGUCUCCUUCCACGGUUUUUGCUGAAUAUAAUCAUGCCAGCACCCAGCCGACAUAG